AUUUACAGAUUUGAUUGAAGAAGAAAGAGGAAAUAAACCUAACAAAUAGAGAAGUCUUCAUUUCUUUCAAAAUUCAUUCGAGGAGGUGAUCCAUUGUUUCUCACCUCUUCAGAUUUUGAUUCUUCGUUCACAUUUUGUUGUAAAAACCUUCAAUUUGAUCUACAAUGGCUUCCUCUGCUGACAAUCUUACCGACAAAAACAUUGUUUUCAGAAAACUCAAAUCAAAAUCUGAGAACAAGGUCUGCUUCGAUUGUAGUGCGAAGAAUCCAACAUGGGCAUCGGUUACUUAUGGGGUUUUUCUCUGUAUCGAUUGUUCAGCUACGCAUCGGAAUCUCGGUGUUCAUAUCAGUUUCGUCAGAUCAACGAAUUUAGAUUCAUGGAGCCCUGAGCAGCUCAGGACAAUGAUGUUUGGUGGCAACAACCGUGCUCAGGCUUUUUUCAAGCAGCAUGGAUGGACUGAUGGUGGCAAAGUUGAGGCUAAGUACACUUCGAGAGCUGCUGAUUUGUAUAGGCAAAUGCUUGCUAAAGAAGUUGCUAAAGCGAUUGCUGAAGAAACUAGUUCUGGCUUACCUUCAUCCCCUGUUGCUACUUCUCAGCUACCGGAAGCAUCUAAUGGGGUUUCUUCUUAUUCUGUCAAGGAAGAGUUACCUCCUCCUAAACAUGAAGCUAUCAGUGCCACCUCUUCUCCUAAAGCUUCUAAUACAGUUGUGCCUAGUACGUUUAAGAAACCCAUAGGUGCUAAGCGGACAGGAAAAACUGGUGGUCUUGGUGCAAGGAAGCUUACCACUAAGUCAAAGGAUAAUCUGUAUGAGCAGAAACCAGAAGAAGUUGCUCCGGUUAUUUCUGCCGUGUCUUCAACUAAUAACGGGGAAAGCAAAUCAUCAGCUGGUUCGUCAUAUGCCUCUCGGUUUGAGUACAAUGACGACUUCCAAUCUGGAGGACAAAGUGGUGGUGGUACACAAGUGCUUAACCAUGUUGCUCCACCAAAGUCAUCAAGCUUCUUUUCGGAUUUUGGAAUGGACAGUUCUUACCCCAAGAAAUCAAGCUCCAACUCCUCAAAAUCUCAAGUUGAAGAAUCUGAUGAAGCAAGAAAGAAGUUCACAAAUGCAAAGUCCAUUUCUUCAGCUCAGUACUUUGGGGAUCAGAACAAAAACGCUGAUAUGGAAUCCAAAGCUACUCUUCAGAAGUUUGCAGGCUCAGCAUCUAUCUCAAGCGCUGAUUUUUACGGUCACGACCAAGAUGAUUCCAAUAUUGAUAUAACUGCUAGCGAUCUCAUUAACAGGCUUUCUUUCCAGGCGCAACAAGAUCUGUCGUCGCUGGUGAACAUAGCAGGCGAAACAAAGAAGAAGCUUGGAACUCUAGCUUCUGGUAUAUUCAGUGAUAUCCAAGACAGAAUGCUGUGAGAAGAACGACACAAGCUCUCACAUGUUUUUGGUUCUACAGAGAAAAAAAAAAGUAAAAGAAAAGCUUUGUCGGAAACUUCCAAUGAGGUUCACGUUUCUCUGUUUUUUUAUAGAGCUUUUUGGAAUAUACUGAGACGUACGUGGCUAUCGUUGUUACUUGUUAUCAAUCUAUAUGGAUAUUAUAUAAUAUACUAUUGGAAUAUGUUAUAGACUUUAUAUUAAUCUUUGUUUGUUUGCACAAAA